AUGGCACAGCCUAAACAAACAACAGAUUUCGGGCCCACACAUAUUGUCGAUCCUGUCACAGAGCACACGCACACCGCAAUCCUUCUACACGGACGAGGAAGCAACGGUCCAGAAUUCGCCCAAGAACUUUUCGAAGAAACUCUUUUCCCUGAUGGAUCAAGCCUCGCUCAGAAACUCCCCAGUUGGAAAUGGGUCUUUCCAUCUUCCCGUGAACUCUGGAGCGAGGCAUUUCAAGAGGACAUGCCGGCUUGGUUCGAGGCCCAUUCUUUGACGGAUAUUACGGCGAGACAGGGAGUACAGAUACCCGGUAUCAAAGAGUCGAGUGAAUAUGUCAAGACUAUUACCAAUGAUGAGAUCGCGAAGCUUGAUGGAGCCAGUGAGAGGGUUGUUUUGGGCGGGAUUAGUCAAGGUGGAGCGAUAGCCAUGUGGACUCUUCUAAGUCAAAGCGAGAUGUCGUUUGGUGCCUUUUUCGGAACGAAUACUUGGCUUCCUCUCUUUUCCAGUCUACGGGACUCUAUGAGCCAUGGUGCAGAGAUGAGUGAGGACGAAGGUGUUGUGUUCUUGGCCGAGAUGCUGGGCUCACCGCCCAGCCAAUACCAGACGCCCAAUCGCUCUACACGCGUGUUUCUUGGUCAUGGGACUGACGAUGCUUACGUCGAUGUCGAGCUUGGGAGGCAAGCAAGAGAUGUUCUCACUCAGGUCGGAUAUUCGGUAGAGUGGAAGGAGUAUACUGGCGCUGAGUUGGAGGGACAUUGGAUCAAGGCGCCUGAAGAGUUGGAAGAUUUAUUGGAAUUUUUAACAAAGACAUUAAGCAGAUAA